UUUUGGAAAUCGAAAUGCGGACAUUCCAAAUAAAACUCGAAAAUAUUAUCCAACGAUCGUCGAGACUAUUACCGAAGCUAGCACAGCCGAAACGGAGCCUAGACGCAAUUCAGAAUUCAGCACUUCGUCAUUAGUUGGGAAGAUGGGAAACCAACUUAAUAUCCAGUCUCAAGAAAUUAUUGAUGAAGAAAUGACGGAUGCGGAUAAUAGGGAAAAUAAAGAUAAUAGCGGAGCUAGUGCCAAGGCACAUAAUUCGAAGGAUAAGGCCACUGAUAUGGUGUAG